AUGACAACUCAUUGGCAUCUUUCCAGUAUUUUAUCAACAGAACAAAACAAUAACAACAAGUUUUGUUUAAUCGUGUUAAACCAGCCCAUUGUUCAAAUCGACACAUUUCAACGACUUUGGCACAAUGCAUCUCUUAGAUUUCUCGCAGAUGGAGGAUCAAAUAGGCUUUAUGACGCGUUCAAGCAUGAUAAACAACUCCUAGAGCAAUACAUUCCCGACGAGAUUAGAGGUGAUUUGGAUUCUAUUCGACCUGACGUCAGAGAGUUUUAUGAGUCCAAAAAUGUCAAGAUUACUAAGAUUCAUGAACAAGACUCGACUGACUUUAUGAAGUGUGUUUAUCUUUUACAAGAAAAAGAACAAGAACGAGAUGAAAUAUAUGACAUUGUAGCAACGCCCGCACUUGGCGGAAGAUUUGAUCAAACCAUGUCAAGUAUCCAUGUACUCUAUCUGUUGAAAGACCAAAUCAAGAGAAAAGUAAUACUAGUGAGCGAUGAAAACAUGACUGUCUUAUUAGACAAGGGCACACAUCAUAUACAUUGUCGGCUGGAUCUGGAAGGCCCUACAUGCGGAGUUAUGCCAAUCGGAGCACCAGCUGUUAUUAGUUCAAAAGGCCUAAAAUGGGAUAUGAACAGCCUUGCAUGCCAUUUUGGAGGUAUUCUCAGUACCUGUAAUGUGCUCAACAGCGAUCUGAUCGAAAUUCAUACUGAUUCUCCUGUCGUCUGGACGGUGGAAAUUAAACAAUCUGUUCAAUAA